CUUCACUUCAGUUAACUUCAAUUCAACUCAAUGCACUCCACUCUACUCCAGUCCAAUACCCAUCCAAUCCAAUCCACCGCUCUCCACUUUUCUUCUCUUUUCUUUUACUUCACUUCACGCCACUCCACUCUUCUCCACUCUACUCUACUCCACUCCACACUACUCCACUCCACUCAUCUCCACACCAUUCCACACCACUCCACACCACUCCAAUCCAAUCCAAUCCAUUCAAACCCACUUAACUUCUAUUCCCUUUUUCACCUCACUUCAGUUCACUUCUCUUCACUUCACUCCACUCCAAUCCAAUCGAUUCCAAUCCAAUUCUCCGCAGUUCACUUCUCUUCACUUUUUCUAACUUUAUUUCAAUCUUCUCCACUCCGCUACACGCCACUCUACUCUACUCUACUCUACUCUACUCUACUCUACUCUACUCUACUCUACUCUACUCUACUCUACUCUACUCUACUCUACUCUACUCUACUCUACACUACUCCACUCCACUCCAUUCUACUCUACUCUUCUCGGCUCCACUCCACUCCCCUCCACUCCAUUCUACUCCACUCCAUUACACUCUCACUUCACUUCACUUCACUUCACGUCACUCCACUCCACUCCAGUCCACUCCACUCCACUCCAGUCCACUCCACUCCACUCCACUCCACUCCACUCCAC